GAAUAUGGUUGACGCACUCACCAACACCAGCAUGUAAACCAGAAUGUUCCAAGUUGUAUUUAUAAUAAUUCCGUCGACAAAACCCUAUCUAACGACAGCGAGUGCCUUCAUAACAGAUCGGAAAUUCGAAUAAGAGAGACCUCACACUGAUUUUGUCGGAUCAAGAAGAUUCACAAAAUUGCGUGUCAAACCAGUGUUACGUGUCAGUGUAUUGAUUGAGAUUGUUAGUGAAACUUUUCCCUAUUUGAAAUUUUAGUGAAAAUAAAAUCAUGAAAUUCAUCCUGCUAACUGUUGCCUUUGUGGCCGGCUUGCUUUCAGUCCGAGCUGAUGACUAUAAUGCAACCGAUAUAUCCAGUUUUACCGCACAAUUUUCGGCUGUUAAUCAUAUCAAAGAUGAUCUUCAAAUAUUCACUAACCAGCAAUUGGAGAAAUCCUAUGACUUCUUGCUUCUUGCAUCAACAUUCGACAAAUACGAUUUGAAUCGUCCUGGCUUCGAAAAAUUGUAUCGCAAAAUCUCGGAUAAAGCUUGGGAGGACACCAUCGGGCUAAUUAAGUAUCAGAGUAAACGUGGUCUAUCCGUAUCAUUGGAUGGUGCUCAGCAUGUUGUUGGAAAACUAAACGAAGGAAAACUUGGGAAGGCUAGCUUGGUCGACAGUGAUGAAUUGUCCUCACUCAAACUGGCACUGGGCUACGAGAAAAUUCUGGCUGAUGAGAGCCACCGUAUCCACAAGAAGAUUUCACAUGCUCACGAUAAGGGAGUGGCUUACGAUCCAGAUGUUGCCCACUAUUUGGAUGAGGAAAUCAUUGAAUACCAAAGUGGAGUGAUUCGCCAGUUGACUGGAUACAUCCAUAAUUUACACAGCAUAAUCGCCGAGCCAGAAACUAGAGACAUGGGUAUCCAUAUGUUUGAUGAAUAUCUGGAUACGGUUGAAUGAACAGAAUCAUUUAAGAUCUUUGAGUAAUUUGUUUCGCAGUAGGAAUUCAACAUUUCGAUAUGUAAUUGAGUUUAAUAUCAUGUACGUUCGUGACGGCUAUCAAUAAAUCAUUUUUGAAAUUAA